UUAACACACGGCGAGAUCACAUUGCAGAAGCUAGCUAGCCUUUGCGUUCUCGCUUGCUCUCGCUGCUAAGAACACGUUGUUGUGUUCCAGUUUGCUCAAACUAAACAGAGCGCAGCACACAUCGAUCAUCACCAUACACAAAGAGCUGAUCGAGCUCUAGCUCUGCUGCUUGCCCCAAGGGCAACGUCUGGCGACGGGCGGUGCAGAUAAGAUGCCGGCAGCAGGCCGGCUGAUCAGCUGGUUACUGCUAGGCGUGGUUUUAGCCUUUGGAGUUGCAGCUAGCCCGGCCCAGGCCUCCAGGAAGACUCACUACGACUUCGUUAUCAAGGAGAUGAAGGUCACCCGGCUCUGCCACGAGAAGACCAUCCUGGCCGUGAACGGGCAGUUCCCCGGGCCGACCAUCUACGCGCGCAAGGACGACGUGGUCAUCGUGAACGUGUACAACCGGGGCAACAAGAACAUCACCCUCCACUGGCACGGCGUGGACCAGCCGCGGAACCCGUGGUCCGACGGACCAGAGUACAUCACGCAGUGCCCUAUCCAGCCCGGCGCCAACUUCACCUACAAGAUCAUCUUCACCGAGGAGGAAGGCACGCUAUGGUGGCACGCGCACAGUGAGUUCGACCGUGCCACCGUGCACGGCGCCAUCGUCAUCCACCCCAAGCGUGGCUCCGUCUACCCCUACUCCAAGCCGCACAAGGAGGUGCCCAUCAUCCUCGGCGAGUGGUGGAAUGCAGAUGUGGAGCAAUUGUAUGAGGCGACAGAGCAGGGCGGCGACGCCAGUAUUUCGGAUGCCAACACCAUCAAUGGUCAGCCCGGCGACUUCGCCCCGUGCUCCAAGGAGGACACCUUCAAGAUGUUCGUGGAGCAUGGAAAGACAUACCUACUCCGGGUCAUCAACGCGGGGCUCACUAACGAGAUGUUCUUCGGCGUCGCCGGGCACCGCCUCACGGUGGUCGGCACCGACGGCCGCUACCUCAGGCCGUUCACCGUCGACCACAUCAUGAUCGCCCCCGGCCAGACCAUGAACAUGCUCCUCGAGGCCAACCGCCCCAUGGACGGCUCAGCCAACAGCCGUUACUACAUGGCCGCGCGGGCGUUCGCUACCAACGCUGCAGUUAACUUCACCAAGACCAACACCACGGCCAUUCUAGAGUACACAGAUGCGCAGCCCUUCACGGAGCCACCGGACUCCCCGAACCUACCGACCUUCGGUGACAUCACGGCGGCGACGGCAUACACAGCUCAGCUCCGGUCCCUGGUCACCAAGGAGCACCCGAUCGAUGUGCCAAUGGAGGUUGACGAGCAUAUGCUCGUGACGAUCGCUGUCAACACACUCCCCUGCGAGGCCAACAAGACGUGCACCGGCCUCCGCCUCGCGGCAAGCUUGAACAACGUCAGCUUCACGCACCCGACUACUGACAUCCUCGAUGCCUACUACCGCAACUCCAUCAGUGGUGUGUACGAGCCAGACUUCCCUAACAAGCCGCCCUUCUUCUUCAACUUCACUGCUCCCAACCCACCACAGGAGCUUUGGCUCACGAAGCGGGCCACAAAGGUGAAGAUGGUGGAGUAUGGCACCGUGGUAGAGGUUGUGUUCCAGGACACGGCCAUCCUCGGCGCCGAGAGUCAUCCCAUGCAUUUGCAUGGCUUCAGCUUCUAUGUGGUAGGUAGAGGCUUCGGUAACUUCGACAAGGACAAGGACCCAUCCACGUACAACCUGGUCGAUCCGCCGUACCAGAACACCGUCUCCGUGCCCACAGGCGGUUGGGCUGCAAUACGCUUCCGUGCGGCAAAUCCUGGUGUGUGGUUUAUGCAUUGCCACUUCGACCGCCACACGGUGUGGGGCAUGGACACUGUGUUCAUUGUGAAAAAUGGCAAGACCCCAGACGCUCAAAUGAUGCCACGUCCUCCUAACAUGCCUAAGUGCUGAGGAUCGAAACAAGGGCAUGAGCCAUGCUGUGGUUUGCAUGCAAGACAAUUGAGCAAAACUAAUUAAUCUCAGUUGAUUGGUUGAUUUAAUUAUUUGUAGUACAUAUUCUAGGUAGAGUAGUUCUUCAAAUAAAAAUAAAAUGGUCAGUUCAGAUGUAAUUAGUGUGGUUUCUGUUCUUUUGUUUUUUUAUUUGG